AUGGCUGAGCUUUGGCUUACAAACCCUCUUAAACGUAGACCCCAGGCUCACCUUUCUAAGUGCCUUGGGGUUGCUAUUCCUAUGUCUGUGUUACUGGUUGUUGAAAACACCAUCACUAAAACUCCAGACAAAGAAGUACAUCCAACAGGUUGGAGAAGUCGCCGAGAAGAAGCAGAGGAGGGGAGGAAGCUUCUUUCUAUUCUGAAAAGCCCCCUGAACCUACAGCAUGACACCACCUACUUUCGGCAACUGCUCUGCCCAGACCCCUUCUGUGAGGUAUGCAACAGAACAACUGCUGAGGUCAGUCAUUUGCUUUCUCAGGCAUACUUGAAGGAAACCGCAUGUGCUCUGUCUCCAUUAGCUUCCACAGCUACCAUGAAAAAGUCGUCAGCUCUGACCACUGCUCUUUCAGCAAUUCCUCCAGAGCAAUCAAUUCAAGCCCCUACUUCUGAACUUUCUUCAUCCACCUUCUCUGUACUCUCACCAAACCAAGAUACUCCCUUGAAGGACUUAAAUUCACCCUCACCACUGGAUGAUUCUGGGCUAUCAGAAUCAAUUUCUCCUUUGGAUAUCAAAUUCCCAGUGGACCCAUCACCAGCUGAACAACUUGCCUUAGCGCCUCAUACUCAGGGAAAAGAACUUGUUCUUCAACAAAAUUGUCCUUUGUCUCCUGUGGACAGUCCUGAUAGAUUGUCUACUUAUGACCCAAAAACAAGAGGCACUAACUCUUCCAGCUUAACAAUGUCAGGAUUCUCUUGUAGGGAGCCUAUUGUGAAAAACACACACCUUUCUGAUUUGGUAGAAUGUGAGGCCAGGAAGGAUUUCCUUGACCUUCAUUCUUCUGAGGGUUCUACAGGAGGUAUCCCUGCUACCUACUCUGUAGAACCUUGUAACCUCUCAUUUGUCAAACUUGAUGACCUCAAAUUCCCGGAAACACAAAUUAAGAAGCCAGAAGGGUUCUUGAUGUGGAAAGAAAAGGAAAAAAAACCUGCUUCCUUUUCAAACCAAGACAUGCUACUGAAUUCCGUAGGAAAAGUAUUAGAGUCUGUUGCUGAGCAGCAGGACUUGGCAGUUUCCCUUCCAUUUGGGAGCUUCAAUGGCAAGCAAGGGGGGCUACACAAGUACAUGCAGGCCCCAGGUCCAAAUCCCUAUGAGGACCAUUCUCAGCAAAAAUCAUCUACCAAGUACUUCUGGGGUCUCCCAUCUCUACACAGUGAGUCCUUAAGCUCUACUGUCUCUGCCUUAAGUGACUAUACUUUGAAACUUGUCUGCUUCAAUAUAAUCUCCAAUGUCUCCACAGCCCAUGAAUCCCCCAUCAUCCCUAAUCCUAAACCUCUGCCAUUAUCUGAGAUCCAAUCUCAAGUCUUACCUGAGAACUUGCCUCAAUAUCUUCCAAGGGCCCAGGCCCAGCUUGAAUCUCCACUCUUAGUCCUUCCUGCUUCUCCCAUACCCCAGGUUAGGACCUGUGGAGUCUGUUUUUAUGGACCACAGAAGGAGGCACAGCUUCUUAUGCCAUCUGAAAUUCGUCUCCUAGAAAAUAAUAUAUUGCAGAAAAAGCAGGAGAGUGUAUGGGGUUUACCCUCUGUGGUCCAGAGAUCCCGGGAAGAUUUUUGUCCACCAGCUCCAAAACUUCCAUUGGUCAGACAGUAUUCCAAGGCUAAUGUUACAGUCUCCAUCCUUCCUGGUGAUUUCCCCCUAACCAGUGGCCUGCGGCAAAAACUAGAGCAUCACCUUCAAAAGAGGCUCAUCCAGCACCACUGGGGCCUGCCCCACAGGAUCCAGGAGUCUCUGUCACUGAUAAAUCCUAGGAUAGAAAUUCCCCAGAGCUCUGAGUCUAAGAGGAAUCAGGAGCUCUCAUGCAUUUCCUCCUUGAAAUGUCAGAGCAGCAAACAUCCAAACUUUGAAUUGAGCCAACUUGAAAGCUCUGAUGAGAAGAGCUAUGAGAUACCUUUGCAAGAAGAAGAAAUGGGGAAAGAACAAGGACAUAGUCCAGAGAUUGGUUCCACAGACCAUCUGUCUAGUGACUCAGAGGGGGUUCCACAUACUAGUUCGGAGUCUGACUCUGAGUCAAGCCCAGAAAGUUACACAGGGAGUGUAUCAAAGAAUAAUAUAAGUACCUCACUGAGUCAGAAACAACUCAAAGAUGCCCUGGAAAAACACUGGAACAAGAAAUUUGCAGAAAUCAAUGAAGAUCAGACUGCUGGUUCACAUCAUUCCAACAACAUGCACUUGCCUUCAAGUGAAAAAUUCCCUAGCCAAAUGAAACAGAGAACACUGGAACCAUUGAUGGGGAAGGACAGCAGCUUGAACACAUCCCAUGAUAGUUCCUUCCAUGAUUCCAGCAAACAAAAUAUUUUGGCAGACCGUAUUAAGUUUUUCCAUAUGAAGAUGAUGCAUGGCCUUCUCCAGAAAGUCCAAGAAUCCAUAGAAAUUGUUAAUGAAAAAGAAAGUACAUCCCAGGCCUAUUCCAACUUUAAACUUUCUUCCCCAUCCAACUCCAUUUCUGGAGUGGAUUCUACAUUUAGUGUUUCUCAGCCUUUUGGAGAAAAUUCUGAUAGUGAAGAGAAGAUAAGAAUGACAAAUUCAACCUCCAUCGUAGAUUGUCCUGAUCCUGCUGCCUUACCCGUGAGCAAGGAAGGGCAGGGAUCCCAGAGACAAUCAUCCCCUGAUAUGAAGCAUGAGCAUGUAGAUCUUCCCAAAACGAAGGAUAGAAAUUGUCCUUCACUUUGCCAGACACAAAGUGUCAGCAACAAAGCCAGUCUGAAACAGCCUGCAGCCAGCAAUAAUCAUGGGCCCAAGCUACGCACAAGGCUACCUGGAGCUGUAUCUGACCCACUGAGUAAGAGAAAAAUUUCUGACAAAAGUGUAAAACAACCUCAGGGAAAAAGCACGAUGCUGAGAAAUACCAUGGUUAGCACAGAAAAAUCCAGAGAGAGAUCUAAGGUUGAGGAUCUCUGUAAUCUUCAAUCACAACCUAGUACCACCUUAAAAACCAGCAAGUGCAAGAGCUCCCUAGUGACAGAUGUAGUUACCAGUAAAGUAGAAACUACAUUGACUACUCAAAGUCCCUUUAUGGGGAUACCAGGUCCCCAUGGUCCUGAAAUAUCAGCUUUAAAAUACAAACUUUUUGAUGAGUUGAAAUUGAAAAUGGAGAGCAAAAAGACAGGAAAGGCCCAGGGUCUUCAGGAUGACCUGCCUGUGAAGUCAGAUAAGUUGAAAGACAUGAUUUUACGUACUUUAAACUCUAGUGUCACCAGUGGGGACACAGCAGUUUCCCAUGUGCUGUGUGCACAACUGGACAAGACAAAGACCAGCAGGGAGGAGGGACAGGAUGACCUCCAUAACGGUCAAGGCAAAAAUUUGCCACAAGGAAACAAGGCCAUGAGCCAUCCAACAUCAAAAGCAGGUGAGCUUGGUAGAGAAGAUGCAGUGAUCUCUGUAUCCCAACUCACAAAGAGGAGCCACCAUCCUCAAAAUAAAACAUUAAAGGAGAUGGCUGGGACCAAAUCCUCCCCGCUGCUGUCACGGAAGGAACAGCCUCCUCAUGAAAACCGUUUCAGAAACCACAUGAAACAAUUUUUUCAGUGGCUUAGUUCAGGUAAAAAUGGCAAAGGACAAGAAAGUUCCCAGGGAAACAACAGUUCUCCAUCAUCAUCUGUGCAGGCUAGAAGCCCAGGUAAAGGGAGAGCUGCUUUUCCUGGGACCACUAAAAAUCAGAAAGUCACCAGAAACACUGGGAAAGUCCCAAUAGUGAAACGAGGGCAGAGGCAUGGAGUGGAUGCCACAUGCCCCCAGGAACCCCCUUUGACUCCCAUGAAGUCUGGGAAAACUCAACAGAAGGCAGAAAUGCAGACCCAGACAGAUUGUAUCCAGGGUCAGCAUGUCAGCUACAAAGCUUCCUGCUCUAGAAUGUCAUGUGUCAACUCCAGGAUGCAAGAGACUGUUUGUCCUGACCAGAGUUACCUUGAGAAAAAUAGGCAGGGCACAGGCUGGCAUGGAGAGCCAACAAAUGUUGUGCUGUUUACUGAGCACAGGUAUCCCACAGCCAUGGCACACAGGGAGCCAGGGCUCCACAGGGGACCCAUCUGCAGACAUCAAGUGCAUCGGAUGCCUCUGGCUGCCCCUAUCAUUCCUAAUGACAGUGUGUUGGAAAAUGUUUCCCUCUUGAAAGAGAGAAUCUUCAUCAUUCCCGGAGACAAAAGUUUCCUUCCUCAAAAUAAUUCAUUCCUUUUCCCCCAAUAA